UAUCAGCGGAAUCCAUUAACAUAGUAAUUAUAGAAAUAUAUAAUACAUUACAUCUAAGUUUAGUGAAAAGGAUCACACUCCAUAUCACAGUAAGCAGUAAGUACAUCAUUUAACACAAACUAAUGAGACCAUGAUUGAAGAAAGAACAAUUUAUAAAAUUUACUAUAUUAACUCAACAUAUAUAAACAACAUAUAUAAACUCAUAUAUACAACGCGCGGUCGCACGGUAUUCUUACUCCGGAUAUUCUGACAAAUUGUGAUAGUUUUAUUCCCAAUAACACAGGUUAUUUAGUGUCAUAAUGUGCAGCUUUUUUUCGCCGAUAUUAUAAAACUAUUAUUGUGUAUUAAUAUUAACCUCGAGUUACUAGAAAGUGGAUAAACAACUACCAAAAUCAUUUGCUUUUUGAAAUUUACUGCAAUUCCAACAAAAAAAAAGGAAUGCAAUGAUAAAAAGACCAACGGACGAACUUACGCGCAGUUUUCGCAUGUACCAAUUUUUGCAUGAUCUACGUUAUUUUCAUUUUCCUACGUUAUUUGGCGAAUCUGAAUCUUUCUUCAUAACUUAUAAUGUCUAACAUAUGUUCCUCCUGCUCUCAGGAUUGUGUGCUGAAAGAGCCAAAAAAUUCAAACGAUGUUUUUGGCUACCCAUGUGAUUUUUGUAAGAAGAUUUUAUGCAGGAAAUGUUCAGGAAUUAGUACCACUGAACUUCGGGCCAUCGUCAUGAGCAGCCGAGUUAUGCCUUAUAUAUGCAAAUUGUGCUUGCCAAAAUUAAAUGAAACCAUGCAACUAGUUAACCGUGUCACAGCUCUUGAGAUUGAAUUUACCGAAUUAAAAAGUAGUACACAGGGAAUUUUGGAUUCAGCCAAUCUUAUGAGGUCUUUUUCGAAUGACCUAAAAACAAUGAAAUCCCAAUUUUCAGCAAGUCUUGAGGACAUCAAAUCUCUAGUUAAAACGGAAAUAGAAGGCUUAAAGAAUGCAGCUAAGGAUAAUUCAAAUAGUUCUGCACAACCAAUUACAAGCCAAGCUCCAGAGGAAGAAGUUAUCCUGGAAUGGCAGGAGCGGCAGAAGAGAUCAAAGAAUCUAAUGCUCUUUAAUUUACCUGAGGGUGAGGACAAGAAAAAGGUCGAAGAACUAUUUAAACAUCUCACUGAAAAUCCCCCAGAGGUGUUACACUUUUCUCGGAUUGGUAAACCUAACGCAAAUCAGGCUCGGGCUUUAAGGAUAUCUCUCAAAUCACCAGAUGAUGUCAUGAAUUUUGUCAGGAAUCGCUUUAAACUUAAAGGAAAGAAUGUUUUCUUGAACUUUGAUCUCACCAUAAAGCAGAGGGAUGCUGAAAAGAAAUUGUCAGUUGAGCUUAGUAGCCGGAGAGCCCAGGGUGAAAAUGUAUCUAUUAGGUAUCGUAAUGGUACCCCAUACAUUUUUAAGAAAAAAAACUAAUAAACGGGCCUUCUACAACAAAGCAACCAUCCCAUAGACAGCAAAACCUAGAUAUUUACUACCAGAAUGUUCGAGGAUUGAGAACUAAGUUGUCAGUUCUCCAGAGUAACAUUAUCUCUAAUUGCUACUCCAUAAUUUUACUAAGUGAAACCUGGCUCUCGGCUGAUAUAUCGGAUGCAGAGCUUGGUUUGGAUAAGUACAAUGUCUUUAGGACUGACAGAAGUGCAAAAUCUAGCACCUCCUCAAGAGGUGGUGGAGUAUUGGUGGCGAUCUCAAAGGAACUAUCUAGUGCUGUAAUAAACUUGUCAACAGACCUUGAACUGCUAUUUGUUAGUGUAGGCUCUGGGCUAGGAAAGUUCAUAGUGGGCUGUAUUUAUUUCCCUCCAAAAUCACCUUCAGAAAAGUACAACAUGCUCAGCCAAGAGAUCGAUUCUUUCUCUGGGAAUCAGGAGUGCCCAUUACUACUGUUCGGGGACUUCAAUCUGCCAAAAGCAAUUUGGUCAUCAGACAACUUUUGUUCUCAAGCGACCAGUGCACUGGGUGCUUGCCCUCUGGAAGUCGAGUCCAUAGAAGUGAUAUCAGACUUAUGUAGUUUCCACAAUCUAUACCAAUUGAAUAAUAUUCCAAACCACCUGGGGAAUACACUGGAUCUGAUUUUUUGUGAGAGUACCUUGUCUGCAGAGGUCACGGCAGCUGAUGAUGCUCUGGUUCCACAGGACAAUUACCAUCCACCCCUCCUUACAUCCAUUACUGUUUCGAGAGGACAUACUAAUCAUCCAGCAAAAUUAGAUAGGAAAGAAAGUGCCAUAGAGGACUGCACCAAAGCAAUAGAAUUAAAUUCAACUUAUGUAAGAGCCUACUUAAGAAGAGCAAAAUUAUAUGAAGAUUCUGAUAAAUUGGAUGAAAGUUUAGAGGAUUUUAAAAAAUUAUUAGAGCUUGACCCAGGAAAUAAGGAUGCUCUUGCAGCUACCGUAAGAUUACCUCCAAAAAUUAAUGAGAAAAAUGAAAAACUUAAAGAAGAAAUGAUGGGGAAAUUAAAGGAUCUAGGCAAUGUUAUUUUAAGACCAUUUGGCUUAUCCACAGAUAAUUUUAAGCUCACCCAAGAUCCAAAUACUGGAGGAUACUCUGUUAAUUUUAGUCAAAAUAAGUAAAUUAUUGAUACUGCAAGUGGAGAAAGCUUUAUUUACUAUUGAUGUAGUCCAAUAUUUUAAGAUUUAAAAGUAAUAAAUGGCAAAUCCCCUUUUUGAUUUGUUUAAAUAAAUUUGAAUGUGUCUAA